AUGUUUGACUCGGAGCGUCGCGAGAUUUUGGAGCGGAAAGACCGGUCACAAUGGUCUCCAGGAGAUGGACACCUCGCGUACUUGGAAGCGUGGGAGGACGGCGAUUUUGAAGAGGUGCCCGUUCUUGCUGGGCCUCUGGAAGACUUCGAAGUUGAUGAUUGGCUUCGUCAAAGGGGCAAAUUUUCACCCGCAGGUCGACAGUCCCGUCCAAGGGCACAAGUCCGUAUACUGCUAUGCGAACGUUUAGGAUUUCGACCUCUGGAGUUCGCUAUGAGCCGUAAAUCUUUUCUUUCGGUCGAACACGUUUUUGGGCUGCCCUCUGUGUCUCUACCGAUAUUGGAGGGGAACACAGGAACCCAACACGCUCAUCUGAAAUACAAAAAAGACUUGAGCGGUCGGUCGUUAACCUCGCUCGAGGCAUUAGUCCUAACAAUAAAACAGCCUCAGAUGUUCCAGCUUGGAAAUCUAGGCAUGGCAAUGUCCCACCAUUUUGAGACCCGCACAACUCUUGCCUUCAUUCACGGCUGGGACAUCUUCUCCAACAAGUUAAAAUUCACCAAGAAACCAAUUGCACCUCACAUUGAAGCUAUUCAGGAGAUACUCAAGUCAUCACGGAGACUCCUGUCUCAUCCCCUACUUCUCCCCACCUUGUUCCUCCGACGGCAUUUGACCAGAGCAGAGGACAUGAGAAGGCAGCUGAGCUCCAUGACAGCGGAAAUUGAAAAGGCUAUCGGGGUCACCCAGACAGCUCGGCUUUCCGGGAGAACCGUCCAGGAUCAACGCAUUGUGGAAGAAGUGAAGGCUAUGGUCUUGGGCGAGAAGCCGAGGAUUCACACGACCGCACGGAUUAGCACCACGGCCACUGAUGUAAUCAAUAUGAAGGGGACUCUCGAGUGGGACGAAGAAUACGUCAAAUUUCUCCGCCGUGUCAAUGACGAUGUCAAGGCUCACCCUCACGAGGCACAUACGCCCCCGGAGGCAGAUCUGCAGCUCUGCGGCUUCAUCGACCUUCUGGAGCGAGAUGCGCAGUCUAUCUCAUCAUAUGCAACCAGGAUGCAGUCCAGACUGGAACUUCAAUUCAACGUGCUCUACAAUCUCAUCGCCCAAGCCGGGAAUAGCCUCAAUAUGCAGCAAUCAACACAAGCCGGGCAAGUCGCAGCGCAAGCCGGAAUGGACAGCACAGCUAUGAAGACAAUGGCAGUGGUGACGAUGAUAUUCCUUCCUCCAACCUUUGUAGCCGUGCCCAGCACUGCUGGCAUAUAUUCACGAAGCACCGCUGACCAGUUUUCUCGACAGACAAUUUUUAGCAUGUCCUUUUUCAACUGGCAAGCUUCAUCGUCAAGCGGCGAUGACGGCGGUGCCGAGCCCACCGUCGUGCCACAGUUUUGGAUCUACUGGGCCGUCAGCUUGCCCUUGACCAUCGCCAUCGUGAUUGGCUGGCGAGUGUGGUGGCAUUUUCAGAAGGCUUAUUAUGAGACCAAGUUUCUGACACCAGAGGAGCACGUAGUCUAUGAAGAUAGACGCCGUGGCAAGAGCCGUGAGAGGAGCCGUGAGAGGAGCCGCGACAGGACUCAUGACCCGAGGCGACGGCGGUCACGAUAUCAAGUAUGA